AUGAACUGGACGGGAGGUUCAUUGCAGCGCACCAAGAAAGCUAACUCAGGCGUCCUGCAGCAACAGAGAGCGUACUUCGCAAAAGCGCGAACCCACCUUCACAAUGCGACUAACUCGCCUAUUGCGCCCUUUUACCCGGACUAUCUGCGCGAAAGCGAGGAUCCUGGACUCUUAGGGAUAUCUUCGUUUGGCACUGGUUCGGUCCGACACACUGGUCAUUCAGCGAGGCACAGAAGUGGGAGAAUGGUACCAGACCUUACGCCAAACGGCGCGUGUUCCACUAUGGGACACUCUCGAGGGCCACCCCAUGGACUAUCUCUUGAACGUUCCAUCGAUAGGCCUCCUGCUUGGUCACAUGACUCACAGGGUACUAAAAAGGUCCGUCGUGACGAACUGCUAUAUGGUCGUCCAGGUCACGUGAAGGAAGACAAUGACCAGACAGGUUUUCGUGGCAGGAAACGCAAGACUACAAGGGCUAAUCCCGAGGUCCAACUACUCGAGGAAAAGAGGAAGAGACUUCUGGCACAGCAAGACUGGGUCGGCAUCGAUCCGUCUAAACCAGUCAGCCUACGAUUCCUAUCAAACGAGGACGAUAAGAUCGGUAAACGUAGGAGAAAAUCAAGAAGCCACUGUGCUAUUCCAAGAAGAAGACAAGAUGACGACUUCGGUGGAGGACAGCCUCAUGCUGUGGGCGAGGCCUUUGUCAGGCCCUUUGGUGGUGGUGCCAUGCACGGCAAAGACGAGGACAUCAAAAUCCGAAUCGGCGCAGAUGCAUUGAAGAACACUUACUCUACCCAAGCGGACGAGCAUGCGCAAUCUCAUGCUUCGUCAGACCCUAUGCUCUUCGACCAAGAAAGCCCACCUGCACUGCAACACCCAGAGAAGCUGGAUACUGCAUCACCGGUCAACCUUCAGCUUCAUGCAGCAUGUGAUGCUUCCGAGCAGAUUAUUCACAGUCCCCUUGCACCAUUGACCGGUGAGAAUGCUCAGUACUGCCACAUUGGUUGGCACCAUGGACGUCCUCCAGGUCGAGAUGCUUCUGAGCAAGGAAUGCUCGCUUGCAACCCGCUCGAGCUGCAUGCUCAGCAUGCUGCAGUGGAACCUAAAUCAGUCGAGAACUCUACGCCUGGUUAUCGACUCACGCACUAUGGUCAUGGUGAUGCGCGUCCUUUGCGUCUCGUCUUCGGGGGCCCUGCAGGUGGCCGUACUCGUAUCGCGCCCGGCAACCACGAGAUCGGUGAAACGCAAACCUUUGACGAAUCAGACUUGGCACCCAUGUCCCGAACAGAGCAUAUGCAUCAGGCCAAUAUUGAGAUGGAGCAAUCAUGUGCUGAAGAGGCUUCGGCCAUAUUCGUAAUCGUCGAUGAAGAACCCUGGAAAAGGUACCUCGCCAUUUUUGAUGGAACAUCAAGCCACUCUGAUACAGCCACACAGCCCGGAAACAUCACUUUGCAGGCUAUCUCCACAGCCAGGAAUGAUAGUGAAGCUGCAGCGAAUUGGUCACAGUACGCCACUGCCAGUCGAGGCGAUGGAAGUCGCGCUAGUCCGUCCUCAAUUUCCGCCUCUUUGCCUUCUCUGAAGCGGGGAGUCGGAAGACGCAUCGACAUGGAUGCCAAUUGCCAAGGGAUACAAAAUCAGACGAUUCUUCAAACCUUGGAUAAUGAUGGGCUGAAUUGGCGAACGUUUGUCUUUGGGAGUGACGACCAGUCAACUGUACAAUCGGCACAUGAUGCUGCGGGUGGAAACUUGGUGGAUUACUCAGAGGAUGCCUCUUCAAUGUACCUCCGACAUUCUAGGGCUGUCAGCACUGCCAGCCCUCGACCGGCCAAUACGGAAGUCCGAUUCGCUUCUUACAUGAGGCACAACGCACAGAAGCAAGCACCGCCUGCGCCACCGAGGUUCCGCAACGCACGCUCACCGGCCUUCCACAGCCGCAUCGAAUUGAGCAGCGGCGAGCAGGGACCCGCAGAGACUGAGGCCAAGGCGUUCGAAAGGCGGUCGGCAACACAUGCAGCUCUGGUAAACAACGCAUCCUACGAUCUCGUCUCUUCCAGGGUCGUGGAUACCACCACAACGUCCCGCAGUACGCUAGAGCGGCUCACACGUGCACGGGCACCCUGUUACCCACCAGAUACAACGAGCUCAGGCGGGCACAACGUGAUCCGAAAUUUCAGAGGGUCUUGUUCAUUCUACGAUACCCCGGCCACCGAUGACGAGGUCCUUGACAUUGUUGAUCCUAACAAACGGUGA